AUGCUCGAAGAGAGAGACCUAACGUGUCCCCCCUACGCCAAGAGCAACAUACCCAACAGCGGUAGCGGCGGAGCAGCAGACCAACUCCGGCACAAGCACGCUACAGUAGGUUGCGGAGCUUUCAAGCGCCGCCCAAUCGAGCCAAGCCUCUUCCGGAUGUAUUACGAUAGAGGAGACAUCCCCGUUUCCCUCAGCCAUUCAGGAUCGGCUAACAAGGUUGCUUGGGCAGUAUCUCCUUCCUCCGUGGAUUUGCAUUGGCUCCUUCCCAUAUUCUGCGAUGGAAUUAGGGAAAAGGACGACCCCUAUAGGAUUCUCGCCAUCCAGGGGACUCACGAUUUACUUGAGGCGAACGGGAAGAAGGCCGUGGCUGUCAUUCCCCAACUGAUCAUUCCCCUUAAGAAAGCUUUAAAUACCCGAGACCAGGAGGUAAUGGCGACAACCCUCAAAGUCAUCCAAAAGCUUCUCAUCACAGGACCCCAGGCAGGAGAGGCCUUGGUGCCAUACUACCGCCAGCUACUGCCCUGUUUCAACCUCUUUAUCUCCAAAAGGAAAAACCUGGGAAGCGGAAUUGACUACGCCCAGAGACGAAGGGAAGAUGUGGCAGUGCUAAUUGAGGAGACUCUCAAGAUGCUGGAGGAGACGGGGGGACCAGACGCUUUCAUCAACAUAAAGUACAUGGUGCCCAUAUACGAAUCGCAAGUCCUCACAGGCAGAUGA